CGAGUAUGGCGGUUCAUAACUCUAGUGUGCGUUUCUCCACAUUACGUUUGGAAAACACCUGAGGUAAAUAAGAAAGGAUCUCUCAGCAAAUAGGUUGUGCAAAAUUCGUAAGAAGAUAUACUGAAAGAUUAAAAAGUAAACUUUUUACCAAUAUCAUUCUUAAGCAUGCCUUCGCGUUUAUCUUUUAAAGGGGAUAAAAAAGUGUAUGUUGAGCUUUUUGACCAAAUUGUUUCUUCGAGGUUUCUAACGUUUCAUUUUCUCUCAGUCAAAAAAAAAUCAAAAAAAUCAUCAAAAUCUUUAAAGUCGGCUGUGGAGUCUCAGGAGAAUGAUCCAAUAUGGACCGAUGCUAUAUUGAUGGAGGAUCUCCAUGGUCCGUUGGUAUUAUAUCAAAGGCUUGAUACCACAGUAAUCUCUUUAGGCGUAGAAGAAGUUCAAGGAAGCUGCGUAGGAAUUUUCUUGGAUCCGCUUUCUUUAGAACCUGAUAAUACUCGACAAGUGUUUGUCGCUUCCGAUAUGAAUGGAAAUAUUGUCCUAAAAAGCUUCCUUCUGAAGUAUCUUUCUGUUGGCAAAGAGGGAGACUUGUUCAGCAGACGAGAAGCCAUUGGAGCUGAAGAGCAGUGGGUUCUUGAAUACUUACAUGAUGGUUAUUGGGCGUGGAAAAGCAUGUCUAACAAUAAAUACCUGGAGUGCUUGCUGAAUGAGAAUGACACCUAUCUGUUUCGCUGCACAUCUGAUACGGUGACUUUCACUUCAAAAUGGAGAGUACGAGUUCAAACUAGAUUUCUCAAACGGUCAUCAACUCAGACUAUUAAAAAACCUACUGUACACUCUGAACAACUUGAGGCUAUGGCUGGCAGACCAUUGUCAGCAGAAGAGAAAAAAACGUUAAAGCAAGCUAGUAAAGAUGGAUCCUUACAUGAAGCUUUGCUAGAUCUUCGAGUUUCCAAAAAGAGUGACAAAUAUGGGUAGACAUAUAUAGUUUGCAUUCUGUCAUUAAGAAUAGACAGUAGAGCCAUCAAACUCAAGACUUAAAAGAUUGGAUUUAGACGUUUUGUAUUAUGAAUUCUUUUAAUAUUAGAUAUUAUGGAAAAGCAUGACUAGGUACUCUGUUUGUUUAACAUAGUUCACAUGCUUUAUAAAUGGGUACGAAACCGUAGCUUUUUGUUUUCCUUCUUUUAUUGCCAUUUAGUUUCAUUUUUCUAUAAAUAUAAAGCUUACUUCUAUUUAUAUAAUCAAAAC